AGACAAAAUCCGGAGGCUGCCCUUUCCCUCGAAUCUCAAGUGACUAGUUUCUUCUUCAAUCUCGCAGUUCUCGAGGAGACAAAAGCCCUCCAGCAUCUCUCUUCCACCGUCUUUCUAGAUAUGGCGGAUGCGUAUUGGAGGUACAAUGACGCACGCCAACACCAGCAGCCGCCUCCUCCGCAGUCCAUCGCUACUCUCGUCGGGAAACGCCCUCGGACCGAUUAUGACGUCCCCAGUGGUCACGAGCUGCCCAACUAUUUUCCCCAUAAUGAUGAUAGGGGGGCUCUAAGUAGAGAUACUGAAUCCAUUGGAGCAUCCUAUGACCGUUAUCUUCGCAGCGCGCCUGUUCAAUCAUAUGGUGGGGGACAAUCUGCCAGACCCAUAAGUGGAGGGGUAGCUGGCCGCCCCAUUGAUGAUCGACGUAUGAUGGUUGUUGAGCCUAUUGACCGUGGGCCUGCUGUAAAGGACAGGAGCCUGGGAUUUGGAAGUGGAAGGUCUGAGGUCUCCCUUCCACCUGAUGCCUCAAGUACACUCUUUGUGGAGGGAUUGCCUUCUGACUGUACCCGGAGAGAAGUAUCUCAUAUAUUUCGGCCUUUUGUUGGCUACAAGGAAGUGAGACUUGUAAACAAGGAAUCAAGACAUCCCGGGGGAGAGCCACUAGUACUUUGCUUUGUAGAUUUCUUGAGUCCAGCUCAUGCAGCCACUGCCAUGGAUGCCUUGCAAGGUUACAAAUUUGAUGAGCAUGAUCGUGACUCGGUCCACCUAAGGUUGCAAUUUGCUCGCUAUCCUGGUGCAAGGUCAGGUGGCGGGCAUCGGGGCAAACGUUGAAUUAUGUUAUUUUCAGGAUUUGCGCGAAUCAGGAGUUUAUGGUAACGAGGAACAAUACAGCAUCGCCAUUUCGAGAAUUACAUAUUUUUAUAAUUCGACAUUUUCGUUAGCACAAAGUUAAAUCUGUAGUUCCGUAUAAUUGUGCACCCAUCACCAGAGAUCAAAGCGUGUGUUCUUCUUUAGAAAACUUAAAGUUAUGUAUUUUUUCUUUAAAAUUAUUUAUACUGUCUUAAUGCAUCUUAUAAGAAGUUGCUUAUUUCUCGUUGAGGAUAGUGUAGACUUUUUUGUAUUUGUCAGUGCUCUGCUACUGGGAAUAGGUCCUGAGAAAUAUUUUUACCUAUUGAAGUGCUUAAAGCUGGGAAUUAGGUACCA